AGCCGUCUGGUCGUCUCAGUUAGUCAGGGUUGGUGCACCAAAAGCCGUGAUCGGUCACGUCUCCUCAACCCAACGUGUAUGGCCAGAUACCCACCCGAGACGUCAUCCACAUCGACGCGGCAUGAGUGAGGAAAGAAGCAAGAUCUCGCUCCGGGCUGGUCCCAAGCGAAAGUCGCGCCCGGUCAUCAGCGCCCCGAGGCAGGUCACCUCGCCCCUGCCCGGCAAUGUCGGCCCUCCUCGAAGUCGGACCGGCCUCCCGGGAGCUGGCGGCGUCGCGCCCCCGCGUCCGCCAAUUGCCGGCGGCAAGACGUCGGAUCUUGUGAAACGUCGCUUCUCGACUCGGUUUAACGACCUUCCGACCGAUGGGUUCGCGCCCCCCGUGCCGGCCCUGCCUUCGUUCAACCAAUAUGAGGCCUCGAGCAGGGACAGGGAAAGAAGAGCGGCACCGCCCUCGCGAGGCACCGGAGGGGGAGGGUCCGCGCCCGUGGUGGACACCAAGGCGCUGCGCGACCCGAAGCUCAUGGCCGACCAGUACGUGGCCCAGAUACUCAGCGAUGCGACCGAGGACGAGAUCCGCGACUUUGAAGAGUCGCUGCGCAGCCUCAAGAGCCGGGCGGCGACGGACCUGCAGCAGAACGUGUACCAGAACCGCACGCAGUUCAUCAAGAUCAGCAAGGAGGCCGAGAAGCUCAAGGGCGAGAUGCGGGCGCUCAAGAACCUCAUGUCGGAGCUCAGCGCCAACACCACGGCUCUGCGGUCGGCGUCGUCCCGUGGCGACGCCGGCGGGGCGGGCGAGGCGGUGAGCCUGGGUGCAGGCGGCGUCUCGGGGUCGCUCAGCAAGCGGGACAAGCGCAGCUCGGUGGCGGACCGGACGGCGCUGUGGAACUCGCAGAUGCAGGCGCUGUACAAGCACGUCGAAGGGUCGCAGAAGUUCCUGCCCAACUCGUCCGGGCGCCACGUGGUGCAGAACGCGGGCCACUGGAUCGAGUUGGACAGCGCGACGUACAAGUCGCGGCGGGCGAUGCAGAUCUUCCUCCUCAACGACCACUUCCUCAUCGCGUCGCGCAAGAAGAAGAGGGCUGAGGGCUCCGACUUCCGGGAGCCGCAGGUCAAGCUGGUGGCGGACCGCUGCUGGCCGCUGCUCGACAUCGAGGUCGUCGACAUGGCCGGGUCGGGUGAGGCGUCGAGCGGGCGGACCAAGCUGGCGGACGCCAUAAUGGUGCGCGGAGUCGGGCAGGAGACGGUCAUUUACCGAACUGAAAAGGCGGGCGACACGGAGAAGGGGUCGCUGAUGCUCAAUAUGCGCAAGGCGGUAGAGGAGCUGCGGCGGGGGCUGCAGUCCGAGAUGGACGCCAACAACAAAGCCAAGGAGACCAUCAACUACUUUGCGUCGCGCGACCCGGGGCUGCUGCAGAAGACGGCGCUGCUCGAGACGCUAUCGGACAUCAAGGACAUGCUGAUCGAGGUGGACGGCAAGCAGCAGAACCUGCGCUGGGUCGAGGGCCAGAUGGACGAGUUGGACAUCGAGAUUGCGCUGCAGCGGUUCGAGCCAUCCGUGGUGCGGGUCGAAAAGCUCAAGGGCCUCGCCAAGAGCCUCAAGAACAACGCCAUCGCGCAGGACUUUAUCGAGUUCAAGGUGGAGGAGCGCAGUUCGAAGCUUGGAGCACUCAUCACGCGCGAGCUGGUGGAGAUGCAUGAGAACCAGCGCAAGGCCAAGCGGAAUGUGGGCUGGCUGACCAGGCUCGGGUACGAGGAUGGGGCGCGCGAGGCCUAUCUCGAGGCGCGGAGCAACAUUAUACAGAAGCGUUCACGGCAAUGCAUUUUUCAGGGUGAUCUGCACCGGUACAUCUGGGAGGUCUCGUUCGUGUACUUCACCAUCAUCAAGAACACGGUGGCGUGCUUCCAAGGCUGCUUCCCGCCGCCGAUGAUGAGCGCGUGCGUCAAGUGGGCUAAGGAGGCGGUGGACGCCUUCAACGCGACCCUGGCGCGGCAGCUCAGCGGCACGGAGCGGGACGGUGAGGUGUGGCAGUCCUGCAUGGAGCGGGCCAAGGACCACGCCGACAUGCUUUCCGAGGUCGGGCUGGACUUUAGGAAUCUGGUCGGGCGCGAGGUGCCCAGCGGAGGCGCGGCCAACGGAUCUUCUACCGGCACUCCUGUGCUCGGCCUCGGCCUGAGCUGAACACCAGGCGCCGCCGUAUACAGUCGCGGAGAUGUAGUGUAUUUACUCGCACCCAGAGUUUUGUUAUUUUGCGCGUGUGGCAGCUGGGUGGCAGGAUGGCCUCGGCUCAGUUAUUUCUCUCAUUUCCUAGCAGCGUCUCGAGCACGCCAUGCUUUGGGACACUUUUCAGAUACCUCCAUGUAGACAGGGCAUGCGCCUGGGUCCCUGCGUAAUCCCUAUCCCUUAUUGCUUGGGCCGUCAGGGUCCAUGUUGGGUACCUACACCUACCACCUGGUAGCGGUAUAUCGAGCUUGACAUCUGGAUGCGUGUGGUGGAGGCGGCUGCAGUGCACGUACCCCG